GUGAGUGUCAGUCAGGUCGCGAGCGCGACUGACAGGGUGCCCGGGCCGCUGCCGUGUUAUCCGCCCAAGAUGGAGUUCCUCCUGGGGAACCCGUUCAGCACCCCGGUGGGGCAGUGCCUCGAAAAGGCAACAGAUGGCUCCCUGCAAAGUGAGGACUGGACGUUGAACAUGGAGAUCUGUGACAUCAUCAAUGAGACGGAGGAAGGGCCAAAGGAUGCCAUUCGAGCCCUGAAGAAGCGGCUUAACGGGAACCGGAACUACAGAGAAGUGAUGCUGGCAUUAACAAUUGCCAGGCUGCGGAGCGAACUAGACAUUGUUCGAGGAAACACAAAAGUCAUGUCUGAGAUGUUAAUGGAAAUGGUCCCUGGGCAGGAGGACUCAUCUGACCUGGAGUUGCUGCAGGAGCUGAACAGGACCUGCCGGGCCAUGCAGCAGCGUAUCGUGGAGCUCAUCUCCCGCGUGUCCAACGAGGAGGUCACCGAGGAGCUGCUGCACGUCAACGAUGAUCUCAACAACGUCUUCCUCAGAUAUGAGAGGUUCGAACGAUACAGAUCAGGCCGAUCGGUUCAAAAUGGCAGUAAUGGAGUGCUGAAUGAAGUGACUGAAGACAACUUAAUAGACCUGGGGCCAGGGUCUCCAGCUGUGGUGAGCCCAGUGGUGGGGAACAUGGCCCCCCCAUCUUCCCUCUCCUCCCAGCUUGCAGGCUUGGACUUGGGGACAGAGAGCGUCAGUGGCACCCUCAGUUCACUCCAGCAGUGUAAUCCCCGUGAUGGCUUUGAUAUGUUUGCCCAGACAAGAGGGAACUCCUUGGCCGAGCAACGCAAGACGGUAACCUACGAGGACACCCAGGCUGUCAAAGGACUUGCUUCUGCACUAGACAGUCGGAAACAGAGCUCCGAAAUGAUGAGAGGUAAAAGUGUGGACUCUGACCUGGAGCCCAUAGACAGCUGGCUCAUAACCCAAGGAAUGAUCCCCGUUGUGCAGCCCUCUGUCAUGGACGACAUUGAGGUGUGGCUCAGGACGGACCUGAAGGGCGACGACCUGGAGGAGGGCGUCACGAGUGAAGAGUUCGAUAAAUUCCUUGAAGAAAGAGCCAAAGCUGCUGAAAUGGUUCCCAACCUCCCCUCACCCCCAGUGGAGGCCCCAGCCCCGGCCUCAAACCCCUCUGGCCGGAAGAAGCCAGAGCGCUCAGAAGAUGCCCUCUUCGCCCUGUGAGCUGUUCUGUGGUGUGGCUCCCUGAUGGCAGGUCACCUCUCACCCCUGUUCUCACCAGGCACUGGCCACUCCUCCCAUCCCUGACCCCCACUUGGUCCUGCAUUGCUGUCUCCAUGGAAACACCCCUGUGUUUGCUUCCAGGUCUCCCACUAGUCAGGCCUGGCUUUAGCCACCUUCUCUCUGGAUGGUGGGACAGCAGCACUGCAGCCAGAGGCGCCUCACCCCCCACCCCGCCCCUCCUGCCCUCAGACUCCCUCUGCCCAUGUUUCCUCCCAGGAAGAGCAGGCAGUAGAGCCCAGACUCAGACAAGGCAGUCUACUUGGGACUGUUUCCCGAGCAGAUACUUGGACUCUCGCUUCUGUCACCUGCCCACAGAAAACGGGGUCAGAUCCUCCUCCACGUGCCUCUGCCCCCUGCCUGGCUCAGCGGGUCUCCUUGGCCUGGCCUGCCCCUCCCACACCCCUCUGAUCCAGAAAAGGGCUUGUCUGCACCUGCAGGCUUGGUCCCCCUCCUGGGCUGCUGCUCCCUGACGUGUGUCACCUUGUGGCACUUGGCAUGCUCAGCACUGUAGGUGGCUCUAUGGGACGCCCGUGCGUGGGGCCUCAUCUUCUUGCGCCUGUUUCCGUCACUCAGCAGCCAAGCUGGAGACGGACUGGCCUCUCACGGAUUCGCAGGCUCCUGGCCUGGGGAGAGCCAGGGGCAGUGGGAGGGCAGCACGUAACCGAUGGAUGGUGGUCAUGUGGCAUGCUGGUUUAGCUCCUGCAGAGAUAACACUACUAUUAAUAUAAACGAAACUGCCCCCACGCACGUGACACGCUCCCCUCACAACAUUGGCCCAAGCUGUGGAGGGGCAUGCAGGAGGAGGAAUUGCUCUGGCUUGCUUGGGCAGGCUUGUGGGUUUGUGAGCUUGCUCUGCUCACGGCUUUAGCAUGACCUGUGGCAGCCUCUGUGCCUCUGCCGCCAGGGCCCACCUGGCAGCAGACGACUUUGCACCACGCUUAGAGAUCCAAGUGACUGACGGGCCAACGUGCUACUAAGGCCCCUGCACUGUUCCUGGCAUGGGCCUCAGUCUUCUCCACAGACUCUUCUGACAGCCUGACCUCCCCCCAGGCCACCUAGAAGGGAACAGAGCCUGGGGCCACACAGCUAGGGGCUGGCCACACCUGCUCCCAUUCUGAGUCCUCACUGGCGUGUCUCCAGGCUGUGGGUAAGGCACUCGUGGCUCAGCCCAAGCCGGGUCCAGCCUAAGUCAGCACUGUGCUGCCACUGCCCAGAAGAAUGAAAAUGCUGUACAGCUGCUUCGCACCGGCCGUGAUCCUUGGGGCCUGGGUCAGUGUUCCAGCACACACUGCCCAGGCGUUGGGGCUAAACGGCCAGGCCACUGUGUUCCUGACCCAUGGUGCGGUCAGCCCUUCCCACCUGGCAGCCCGAGCAGGGAGAAGAAGCUGGGCUUUACACGGUGGGAACUAGCGCCACAGGCUCUAGAAGAGCACUGAGGAUCAGCCGAGGGCCGUGCUGAGCCCCCCAGGAGCUGUCCUGACAUCCCCUGAGCCCCUUCCCUGUCUGGCACCGCUGCAGCUUCCUCCAGAGAAUAGGCCUGGGCUCUGGCUGGGGCUCCGUCUGCCAGGACCAGCUGGGGACAUCACACUCCAGUUCCUUAGAGGACGCCCAGCAAGCUCUUCCUCAGAGCUCAGCCAGCCGAUUUCAGGCCCUGCCAACUCUGGCAGCACGUGCCACACCUCCACUCUCCCCCCAUCCCCACCCCGGCCCUCAGCCUGCCUGCACCUCUCUCAGCACUUCCUGAGGACACAGCCCCCUGAGGCCACUUGAAUGUUAAGAUGGCUGAAGUCCGUUAGCUUACAUGGGCUGCAACAAAGGUGGCUGGGAUGGCCCAGUUAUAACCAGUGACUCCAGCUCGCAUCCCCAGCCCUUGGGCACAGUCUGAAGGGAUGGUCUCUGAGGGCCAGGGGCCCGCCCUUGCCAGUUUGCCGGCCCGUGGUGGCGGGCAGCUGGGCCUCCAAUAGCUAGCCCUGCAGGAGCAGCAGACCACAGCGGCCGUGCAGCAUCCUCUGCGGGAAGAGCUGGCCCCCCUCUCCUGUGAAAGGGGAAGUCUCCAUAAGACGAAGCCUGAGGGGUCUCAGGGGAGAGGAGGCUCCCGGCGGUGAGUGAAGCUGAAGCAUGCACCUGCCUGGGGAAACCCCAGCAAAGCUUCUCUUAAUACUCGUGGUCCAGAGCUGCACCCCAGCUCCAGCUGGGCAGCAGGUGGUGAAGUCCCGUGGGCUGGCAGGAAGACAUCGGCCCAUGCAGAGAAGUGUCACCUGCCUUCCUGGCCUAGAGCCACCCUUCUGCUCUCACAUCGUGUCUGAGGCAGCCUGCCCCAACCUGGAGGCUGAGGUGACACUUGCUUGAGGCCUGCAAAGGAGGCAAGUUCAGGCCCAGGUGUCCUUGAGGGGGCGCUGCUCAGCCCUUCCUGUCCUGAGGCUGAGGCACCCUGGGCCACAGUCACUGGUCCCUCCCCGGCAGGGAGGGCGGGAAGCACAGGCCGCAGGCCACCUGCUUAGUGCAGGGAGGAGAGCCCUGGCGGGAAAGCUGGCCAGAUCCUACCCCCAGGAAAGAGAAACCCUUGCGAGUCACCAGCCUCUUCACAAGUGUUAGAAAUCACAGAUACAGUAUGUACUUAAUUACACUAAAUUAUUGCUGGGAUUCCUUAUAAGCACUAAUUAUACCUGAUUAUAGGUUAAAAUAUUUAUUUUGUCAAAAUAUUUUCUUGGGAAUGUGUUUAACCUUUCCUGUGUUCAUUGUGUGCUGAGAUGUGAAAACUAACCAUUUCCUCCUGCCUACCUUUUUGGCAAUGGGCAGCAGUGAUGGCACCAAGUGCAGUGUGACCCAGGGCACUGGUGGGCUUUGGGUCAGCCUGCCCCGGAGCAGUGCCUGCCCAGAACCCCCCAAGCACCAAGCAGAGAUGACCACCUCACAUUAUCAGUGUGCAUGGCACAAGGGGUUUCAGAGCCAUAAGGGCUUGCUGCUGACCUGGGCCAGAGGAAAAGGUGACUUUUCUCUGUCAUCUGUCCUCCUGUCUGUCUGUCAGCCUCCUCAGUGUGAGUGACUGUGGCAUCUAUCUUGGACCAAGCCUUGGCUCCCUGCCCUUCCCUCCUCACCCCGGGGUCCAGAGCAAGUGGGCCUGGGGAGGUGUGGGGCCUGUGCUGUCACUCAAGGCCCCCAGCUGGAAGAGCGGUGACAAGGGCUCUGGGUGGCCCAGUAGCAAACACCGGACUCCUCCAGCGGGCAGGUGCUGCUCAGCUGCUCACAACCCUGCCCCUCCUCUUCCAUCCUGCCACCACAGCCCACUUUGUUCUGCACAGACACGUGCUGCUCAGCCUGGCCCCGUCUCCUGGAUGGUUCUGGGGGGUGCUGUGGGCCAGCUGGGGAAAAGCACGGUGGAGGCAUGCUGUACUCUCAGCCUCUCCACUGUCCUGGGACUCUGGGCUUCUCUCCCCAGCCCACCCACGUGGGACAGCUGGCUUCACUACCCGUGGACAAGCGUGUCCCCAGAAGACACCCCCUGUGGUACCCGCCCUCCCAGUGCCCAUCUCCAGCCCUUCCUGUCCAUGGGGGUCCGAGCCCACCUUCCCCUGCAGCCCACCCCCCAAAAGCUGUCAAUUCUGGAGUCACACUGCUUCUCUAAAAAACCUCCAGGCUCUCCUGGAGAAAGGGGAAUGGAUAUUUAUUUCCUCAAGUUUGCAGUUCAUUUGUGAGGGUUCUCAGGAUUGGGACUAUUGAAAAAAAGAACGUGUUGAGUUUGUUGUCCAGUGUCCCAGUGUCUGUCACUGUCAUGUGUUUCUGCAGGCAGAGCCAGUCCAUCCACCCACUGGCUCUCCUUCCAGAUAUCAUGUCUCUAGUUUGUGUUCUUGCAUGUAAAAUACCCCACAAUAAACAAACCAACCAACCC